AUGUUUCUCGAUCCGGAUCCGAAACGAGCAAAGCAGCAGGCCAACCGCAACUCCGGCUUCUUCUCUUCGCAAAAGCCAAUUGAGUCACCCCGAGACCUUCGUGCGACAGCAAGGCGAAAAGCACAGCCGCUGGGCGAACGCUCAAAAUCGCAAAUCAACGAACUCCCGUCCUGGCGAGAUGCGGCUAUUUCGACUGUCCGCUUAGUCAAGCAUUCACCACCACAGUCGGCGCAAGUUCACAGCGAUGCCGAAGAAGGUCAGACAUUGGGAAACGAAGACGAUGUCCAAGGACGGGACGUGUCCGUGGUGAAGCCCGCUAGUGCGUCGGAUGCAGGCUUUCCAGCCAAAAGUGUUUCAGACGUGGACGCUUCAGCAAAUGAGGUGCAGAAGCUCGAACAGCCUGAUACGCAUUCCCUGUUGCAUACAACCCCAAUCCAUGCUCAACUCGCGACCCAUGGCGUUCCGAAAAAAGAAUGGCAUCGUCGCAGUACGAGCACCGGCAACUACUCUACCUCUUCAACCCUCAAAGGGACGGAGGAGAGUCUGCUUCUUCGACGCAGCGAUAUCAGGUUGAGCCAGGGCACCACCUUGCGAGGCACACCGACGCCGACAGAGGAGGAACUUCGACAGCGCAUUGACGCAGACGACUCUCUACACAGCCUACAGACCCUACACGAGGCCUCGCCCGAGCGAUCGACACUGCGCGUCGUUGCCGCGUCCGAGGACAACGGAUCGUCGGUAGAUGAUCUGUCGCAUUCAGACUCAUCCGCGUCAGCCAUAAUCCAGGUGUUCGCAUCACCUACUCCCAGUCCAGAGCGACGGCCGGCUGCACCGUAUCGAGAGAGUUCAUGGCAGACGCUUUCCAGAGCUUCUCCCCAGACAGUGUACAUUACGCGACGGAAUAGCGAUACACGAACACCCACACAACAACCCAGCCAGGAAUCUGUUGCACAGUCGAAAUCUACUAAUCCACCAGUAUCAUCACCUAAUUACGUUGCAUUCAGCAGUCCAGCGCGGCCACGGUCUGGUACCUACCCGCUGCACCAUACCUAUUCGUUCGAGUCGAUUCAAUCGCGUCUCCAGAAUAAUAAUACAGCCACCCGCCCACAGACCGGCCGCAGUCUUGCAACCGCUAGCUCUUGGGCUUCGCUGCGUCCGUCCUCUUCGCACGACACUCUUCCGCCGCUGCAAGUGCCGAAAAAGCGACUACGGCAUAAGCAGGGUUCACUGUCACUCAACGCAGCGACGAGUGGUUCCUUCACUUCGGGCUACGGCAUGGACGAGGACAUUGAUACACUGCCCUAUCCGCGGGAGCAGUUCAGCAGCCAUCUCAGCACGAUCGCGAGUGAAAGCGAACGAACCGACAGUCGGCAGCUCAGCCACUUCUCACUGGGCAGUGGGGUUCUGACUGGAGAUGACAGCAGCAGUAUACCACUGUCAGGCACCUGGCCUCGGAGAAGAGGAAGUGCGCCAAUCAGCUCAUCGUUCAUGUCAGAUGCACCGCGGAUGAGCAGUGAAGAGGAACAAGAGCCGGGAGAUAUGACUUUGGGCAUCUUCCGCGAAGGCAGCGCAAAGCCACAGCCUCUGCAACCACGCGCAGGAGCAGUGCCAGGCGAGAGAAGAUAUGACGGACCUCUGCCUCCUCUCCCACCUAUCCCGCGAAGUCGAGACAGCGAAGAGAACGUGGACAUGCUUGGCGAACUGCAGCGCCCUCAACUGCGCGAGAAGAGGUCGGGAUACUCCCUCCGACACCGAAGCAACAGCACCCCCAGCCGCAGCCACUCCAGACACCUCAGCCAAAUCUCCCGCAGCGACACCGACCGCUGGAGCCAAGCGAGCAGCCUCUUCCCCACCUGGGCGAAGAACUUCUACGGCAACGGCGCAGCCCUCAUGUCCCCCAGCAAAGUCUCCCUCGCCGCCCCCGGCACCCCUCGCCGCGACAACAGCCACGCCCGCAACGACAGCCAAUGGACCGAACGCAGCAUCACCUCCCGUCUCGGAACCGGCUACACCGACCUCGACAACCCCAGCCCCACGAGCUCCCACUUCCUGCCCUCCAUCUUCCGCCCUCGCACGCGGGGACGCAAGGACACCGACCACAGCUCCAAGAAGCGCAAAAGCAAACGCCUCGCUCGCCCCUCCAACUCCAUCUCCCGCCCUGCCUCGCAACCGGACUCCCUGCAAAUCUUCUCCGCCCCGCUUCCCCCACCCGCCGACGCCGACGUCCUCCCCUCCGGCCACCCGAAAUACGGUUCCCUCAAAGACGCCUCACCCGACCCCCAACACCACCAGCACCGGCCUUUGCCGCGCAAGUACUCGAAGCAGAAACACUGGGACUCGAUGCAAUUCCCGCGUCCGAUGACGAAAGACCGUCUUUCCGACUUCAACACGCGUCUCGAGACGCCCCCUCACUUAGAACGGACGAAGAGGUCGAGUUACAGGCUAAGCACCUGGCGCGCGCCGAGUUUCGUCGAGUCCCUCGAUACGCUUGUGCGGAAGCGCGGGAAUCGCCAGAUUCUGCUUUUUGCGCUCGGGUUCGUGUGUCCGCUGCUCUGGAUGGUUGGGGCGGUGUUGCCGGUGCCUGAAAGGCCAGCGGAAGACGACGGGGAGGUGGGAUUAGCGAGUGUAGGAGCUAGUGAAGAGGACCUGGCGGCGGCGAUGAUGAAGCAUGAGGCUGGCGACGGGGAGAGGAGGUGGCGGGAGGAGAAGGUUUGGCGGAAGGCGAGGUGGUGGAGGGGACUGAAUCGGGUCAUGAGUGUGGUUGGGGUUUUGGUGAUUGGGGCUGUGGUGAGUACUAUCGUCAUCCUGAGGGAGAGGGGGAGGUGA